AGCUUCCAUGUUUCCUAUGCAGCAGCAGCAGCAGCAGCUAUACAUCCUAUACUAUAUAUGUGCCAAAACCGUUGCUGGGAAGUGAGUAAAGUCAGAUGAAUGAGAGAGGGAGGGCUGGAUACUUUUUUUAAAUGCAAAGAUUAAAAAAAAAAUCAGACAUCUUUAGAUAAAAGGUCACAACUCUGGUGUGCCACAUACAUCAGGCACAUUUAAACAUAUUCAAAUUCUAUACUGAAUCUCAUCUUGCUGGAAAAAAAAUACCUUCACAUAGGGUAUGAGGAUGCAUUCAACUGGCAAAAAUUAAGCUUACAUUUUUCCUAUGCAGCAGCAGCAGCCUCAGCAUCAGCAUCAGCAGCAGCUAUACAUGCUAUACUACGUAUGUGCCAAAACCGUUGCUGAGAAGUGAGUAAAGUCAGAUGAAUGAGAGAGGAGAGCUGCAUACUUUUCUUUUUUUUUUUUUUUUUUGAAUGCAAAGAUGCUGUGACGUCACCGUGUUGUAAUAUCUCUCUGUAUCUCAGCUGGGUUUGGAGCUGCCUGUCAGAGCGCGCACUCACUCCUCCACUGCUCCUCUCACUCGUGCGCGGUGACCAUGGAGACGUCCAGGAGUUUUACAGCAGCAUCAUCUCCAAACUCAGUACGCAGCAGCAGAGGAUGCUUCUUCAAUGAACCAAGGUUGGAUUGUGUUAAAAUGCUCCGGGGAUGAAGUGGUGGAAGUGUUGACUACCAUCUGACAAAGACGCAGAAGUUGUCUUCUAUUUUUUCCUGCUUUUUUGGAGACAGUUCAAAAACAACAUCAGAGAGGACGAAUCCAUUAGAAAACCAUGCACUGUUCAUAUCCAUGGAGAGAUGGCAUGCGUGCUCCUCUUCACUCGACUUCUUCCCUUCUCACACCGGCUCACAAGAACAUCCAUCUGCUUGUUAUCAGUUUUCCUUUCUUAUCUGUGCUACUGCGCACUAUUCCCAGCCGACACCACCACCACCACCUCCAUCAUCAUGCAGAAGCCAGGUGAUCCGACGCCCAGCUGCCAUCAGCGCGUAAUCCUGGCUGAUGGAGCCAAGAGGCGCAUCCAGAAAUCAGCCUCCUCCUGCGGCUCUGCGAGGCCGAGCAGCGUGGAGGCAUCCCGGCUGAAAAGCGACCACCAAAACCCUCCUUCUUCAGUCGACACGCCCAGUCCUCCCAUGGGGAAUUUAAAGUUUGGGAAUAAAAAGUUGCCCAACGCCAUCAUAGUCGGUGUGAAGAAAGGAGGCACCAGAGCUGUGCUGGAGUUCAUCAGGAUCCAUCCGGACGUGAGAGCUGCUGGUACUGAGACACACUUCUUCGAUAGGAACUAUGACAGAGGCCUGGAGUGGUACAGAGGUUUAAUGCCAAGGACUCUUGAAAGCCAAAUCACAAUGGAGAAGACGCCGAGCUACUUUGUGACAAAAGAGACGCCGCACCGGAUCUCCGCCAUGUCCCGAGACACCAAGCUCAUCGUGGUGGUGCGUGACCCCGUCACUCGUGCAAUAUCAGAUUACACCCAGACUUUAUCCAAGACCCCCGACCUGCCGAGCUUCCAGGAUCUGGCCUUCAGAAACCAGAGUCUGGGCAUCGUGGACACGUCGUGGAACGCCAUUCGCAUCGGCCUGUACGCUCUGCACCUUGAAAACUGGCUUCGCUACUUCCCCCUGGCUCAGAUCCACUUUGUGAGCGGAGAGCGUCUUAUCACAGACCCGGCAGGGGAGUUGGCUCGGGUGCAAGACUUCCUUGGGCUAAAGCGCAUUGUCACAGACAAACACUUCUAUUUCAACCGCACCAAAGGCUUCCCUUGCCUUAAGAAGCCGGAGAGCAGCGGCUCGCCUCGCUGCCUGGGCAAAUCCAAGGGCAGAACUCACGUGCAGAUAGACACAGACGCUAUUGAGCAACUGCGAGACUUCUAUAGACCGUACAAUGUCAAGUUUUAUGAAAUGGUGGGUCACGAUUUCAAGUGGGAGUAGAGGUUUCACAGAUAUUUUUAAACGGCACAAGAAAGAUUUAUGUAUUCCACAAAUUCAAAAAAAGGUUUGCCUGCAUUAAUAUGACACGGCGAGGGCGGAUAGCCAACUAUCAGCAGACGAUUUUCAGAUGGCAAAAGCAGUAUUAUUUUUUUGAAGUGACACUAAUGAACAGAGCAAAAUCUAAGAUGAGUUACCAGCCAGCAUCAGCAUCCUGUUUGUUGCCGAUAUAGCCGUCAUUUCAGCUUCAGGAUCACAUCGUUUCUGUUCCUGUUACUGCAUAUAAUUGCUGACUAGAUUCCCCACCUGCUGACUGGUUUAUAUAUAAAUAAUAAAAAAAGCGAAAUUCCAGGGAAUGGGAUUAGUUCCUCUUAAAACCUGCUUCACUAAUCACGGCAGGGCUUGAAAGCAAGACCUUGGAAAAUGUCAGUGAAGUCUUCAGGGAGAGCGGGAUUAAGCUGCAGCACUGUGGUGGUAAAUCUGAAAAUGUAAAGCCAUAAGUGUGAACCACCUAAUAUCACUUACUGUUGGUCUCAUCAGUUUCUAUACAGGGCGGAAGGUUUUCUGUCUCAUUCUGUCCAGCAUGAAUCAGGUAGAGUAAGUUAAUAUAUACGCUGCAAUAUGCAGCACUUCACUUUGUUCUCUGUGCUUUCUUUGCAAAAACCAUGUUUAUAUUUUUGUUACAGAAGUAUUUAAUCACUACCUUCGCCACAAUGCUUGUCCAUGAACGUCAUUAAACGAAACAGAAGCACAAA